GUCUCAAGGCUUGGGAAAGGACUGCACCCAGACAAUCCUCUGCAAGACCAACAGAAUGGAGAAGGCUAGUAAAAUGCAAGAAGAAAAGCACCUCACAGGAACCUUGGUUCUCUCUGUCUUCACCGCAGUGCUGGGCUUCUUCCAGUAUGGAUACAGCCUUGGUGUCAUCAACGCUCCUCAAAGGGUAAUAGAGGCCCAUUACAGCCGUGUGCUGGGCAUUGCCCCUAUUGACAGAAGUGCCAUGAAUUUCACAGACACGAAUGGAAAUAUGAUCUUCCCAGACCUAGAAGAAUUGGAUGUAGGCAAGAGUACAUUGACUCUGUAUUGGUCCCUGUCUGUGUCCAUUUUUGCCAUUGGUGGCAUGAUUUCCUCUUUCGCUGUUGGAUGGAUUGGAGACAAGCUAGGCAGAGUGAAAGCCAUGCUGGCUGUGAAUGUUCUUUCUAUCAUUGGAAAUCUCCUCAUGGGGCUGGCAAAAUUUGGCCCAUCUCACAUCCUUAUUAUAGCUGGGAGAGCAAUCACAGGGCUGUACUGUGGGCUAUCGUCAGGACUUGUUCCAAUGUAUGUUGGUGAGAUAUCACCUACAGCCCUUCGAGGAGCCCUGGGAACUUUGCACCAGCUUGCUAUAGUCACGGGUAUUCUCAUCAGCCAGAUCCUUGGACUAGACUUUCUGCUUGGCAGUGAAGACAUGUGGCCUCUACUUCUUGGUCUAUCUGGUGCUGCUGCUCUUCUUCAGUUUUUCCUGCUUUUAUUGUGUCCAGAAAGCCCUCGAUAUCUUUACAUUAAACUAGGAAAGGUGGAGGAGGCUAAAAAAUGCUUGAAAAGGCUCAGAGGAGACUAUGACUCCACGAAAGAGAUCGCCGAAAUGGAAAAGGAAAAACAAGAAGCUGCCAGUGAAAAGAAAGUCUCCAUCAGGAAGCUUUUCAGCUCUUCCAGUUACAGGCAGCCAGUCAUUGUGGCACUGAUGGUUCAAAUAUCUCAGCAGUUUUCAGGAAUCAAUGCAAUCUUUUACUACUCUACAAACAUUUUUGUAAGAGCAGGAGUUGAUCAACCAGUUUAUGCAACCAUUGGUGUUGGUGUCGUGAACACUGUCUUCACAGUUAUCGCCGUCUUCCUUGUGGAGAAAACAGGGAGACGGUCCCUGUUUAUUGCUGGUUUGAUAGGUAUGCUAGCAAGUGCCGUAGCCAUGACAGUUGGACUUGUGCUCCUGAGCACUUUUGCUUGGAUGAGCUACGUGAGCAUGGUCACAGUUUUUCUCUUCGUAAUUUUCUUCGAAGUCGGGCCUGGACCAAUCCCCUGGUUUAUUGUUGCUGAACUGUUCAGUCAAGGGCCCCGCCCUGCCGCCAUAGCCAUAGCUGGAUUCUGCAACUGGACCUGCAACUUCAUCAUUGGAAUGUGUUUCCAGUACAUUGCAGAUCUGUGUGGCCCUUAUGUGUUCAUGACCUUCGCCGUUCUGCUCUUCGGCUUCGUUUUAUUCACACACUUUAAAGUACCAGAAACAAAAGGAAAGUCUUUUGAAGAGAUUUCAGCUGAGUUCCGCCGCAAGGGGCGCUCAGCAACAAAAGGACCCAAAGCUGCAACUGAACUGGAGGGUUUGCGAGGCAGCCAGGAAGCAUAAAAACCGGCAAACUGUGUACAAGAAGGAGAGUAAAGAAAUAUAUUUUUUAAUGCAUCUGAAAACACCUUAGACAAAAGCAUGGUUUUGUAAAAACACCGCUGAUCAAAAACCAGUAGGUCAAAUCAGUACCAUGCUUCUGACUGAUAUACCUGGUAGUGUAUGUAUCUACUGCCCCUGAGACUAACCUGACGUUAUGGUCUAAGGGCUCAGUGUAUCUUGGUGUUGCCCUAAAAAGACAUAGGAAAGAAUGGAAGGAAUAAAUACAGAAAGGCUUCCAUGGUGCACUGAAUUGAUUCAGUACAGUAACAAUCUUCAUUCGCUGGAGACAGGUAUACACCAACCAAGAGCAUAAUGCAGAAGGGGCAAAAGAAAGAAAAGAGAUGCUGCAAUUUAUUCUUAUGGAUGGUUUCAUCCUUUCUUCCCAUGCCUGUUUCUUCCUUUGCUGAGUGAUAGGAAGCCUGGGAAAACCAAAUGCUACUGUAGUUGUCAUACUAGUAUAAAGACAUAACUAGCUGAAGGUGCUAAAUAUAAAAGAGUGAGUGAAUUUGCCACCUGAUCCUACAGUGGUGUAGCCUGGCCUAUAUUUCUUUCCUCUCUAACUUUUACUCCUUUGAUGUUAAGGCUUCAAGACUAAUUCUGGACUCAUUAAAGACAAUAGGAGUUUGGUCACUGACUUCAGUGGGACCCAGAUUUGGCCCCAUAGCAUAUAUUCAGGUAAUAAGAUUAACACAAUCAGCUAAAUUCAUUCCUGGUGUAAUUCUGUAAUCUUGGCUGCCAUUAUACUGGAAAGGAAUUUGAGCAAUGACUGUCAUGUGAUACACUGAUCACAGGUUAAGCGGUAGCUGAAACUAUGCAUACAAGAUCACGUGAAAACCAGCAGUGCCAACUGAGAUACCACAGAAUAGGAGGUCAGACCUUAAAACACUUGUUCACAAGUAAAAUGGUACAGAUGUGACAGGAGGCAAGUAUCAGAGAUUGCCAGUCAAGAGUUUUAUACGGUACGUUAAAUAGUAAAAUAGAUAUUGUGAAUGAUAUUAGGCUUGUGCCUUCAAUGUUAUUAUCUUUGCCUAUUACAUAAAAGUGCCAUGAACAAUGCUGUCGAUGUUUGUUGGCUUUUGUUGCUACUUUCCCUAGGUCAGUCUUGACUGUGGGAGCUAGACCCCUUGAACGUAAGAGCUAGCGUCUCAGGACGAGCUUUUCUGAUGCUCAGAUCUCCCUGUGUUGCAAUCAUUGCACUGGCCCUGAGCAAACUGAUUUUAAAAUGUGCUGUGUAGCGGUUAGAGUACAGGCCUGGGGGUCAGGAAUCCUGGGGCCUGAUAAUCUUGAAGUAAAUGGGAGUUGUGUGUGCCCUAGUUUAUAUUCCUGGCUCUGCCACUGAUUCACUGUGUGACUUUGGGUAGAUAAAGCUUCAGUUUGCCCAUCUGUAAAAUGAGUACAAUACGUGGAUGUUGUGCAGCUUGACUUUUUAGUAUUCGGAAAGCACUUCAAGAGCCUCAUUGGGAAGGCAAAGCAUUAUUAGAUUGAAAGCCUUCAUGGGGCUGAUACUAAGGCUAUGUCUUCACUGUAGAGUUAG